CCCUGACACGAGUGAUAAUCGCUCUGAUUGUCGCUCCACUCUGCGCUCCAAGCCCAGCAUCAUGCGGAUGUUACUGGAUAGCGGUUGGGUGAAGUUUGGGCCAGCGGGCAGAGAUAGCCUUGACUGGGUCCCUGGGUCUGGGCCGUCGCCGCUCCCCUCUCUUGACAAACAUGCUCAGGGUGACCACUGGAAUGAGUUGACCCCCAGUGAGGACAUCAUGAGCAAAGAGUUCAUCCUUUAUGUUGUCGUAGCAACAACCUCUCUCCUUUUCAUCAGCCUCGUUGGCUUCCUGGUCUACAGGAGAUGCUCUACCAGCAAAUUGGCUCUGACCAACGUCAUCACCCUGGACCUGGAGGAGCUCCAAGAUCUGCAGGACCUCCAGGACCCAGAGAGCAGCACUGACUUCCUGUCCUCACUGGCCUUGCACAGAGACCAUAUCCCCAGCUGCAGCUCUGAGACAGACAUGUCUGACGGAGUCUUCCUCAUGGUCUACCUGCCAACACCCUAUGAGGAGACCCUUACUAAGUUAGCCCGGGCUGCUAGCAUCCGAAGCUCCAGAGGUGUGGAUCGAUCUGCUAGUGUCCGAAGCUCCAGAGGUGUGGAUCGAUCUGCUAGUGUCCGAAGCUCCAGAGGUGUGGAUCAAUCUGAAGGCACUAGAACCUCCAGAGGUUUGAAUCGAGCUGCCACUGUUAGAAACUCAAGAGAUGUGGAUCCCCCUAAGAUAGACCGAUCUGCCUCUGUCAGAAGCUCCAGAGGUGCGGAUCGAGCUGCCAGCAUCAAUAGCGCCAAUCCACCUGCUGGUCAAGGGAGAACAGAUGAAACCCGGACAGAUGCAGACUCAGUGAAGAAACAGUCCACGGACGAAGGGCAGGAUUCAAUCGAAUAGCUCCUUUCUGGCAAUGCACCAUUUUAAGCAAAUGUUAACGCAAUCAACGCAAAUCUUCUGCGGUCUGGAUUGAAUCCUGGCCAAUAUCAAAAUAACAUCUCUGGAUCGUCAUUCCUUAAUUUCUUGCUGCCAGGAGCUGAAACCAUAGAGCAGCUUCUCUUUGUGUUUGUAAAAUGUACCUUUGUAGCCUGCUGGAACAGUCUGUGCUCUUGCUAACUCCUCUCUGUAUUCCUUCAUUGUCAUACUAAACAUGUAUAGCAUGACCGAAGAGUUGGCAACAGCACAUACAGUAUGAGACUCGGGUUUCUCCUAGGCUGUGUCGUACAGCAUAUUGUGCAGUUUUUCACGAUAGUGUUAAGCAAUGCAUGGAGGGCAAUGGUCAGAAUUAUUCAGAAUAAGCCGAUCAAGAUGGUACUGUUACUGUGCAUUUCAUACUGUUUAACACCUGUCUGAGGAGCUUUUGAUAGUUGCAGAAAUGUCUAUAAAGCUAUUUCUUCUGUCAUCUGGUCAUGUUUAAAAAAGGAAAGAACAUAUCUUGCUAUUUUUAUUUAUAGUUAUAUUAUUCAUAGCAUUAAGACUUAUUUCUAAUGUAAUUACACCCUUCCUGGACUGCACAGCUAUAAAAGAAAAUAUAAUAAUCAUGAUCAAGGAAGAUGAAAUACCAAAUGUAAAUGAGUGGUCUAUUUUAGAUAUUAAGAAAUAUUUUUCAUUAACUGAAGUGAUAUUUGAUAGUCCAAAUAUGUAUCAAUUCAUUGUAAACACAUUAAAGUCUUUUGAC